AUGGCAGGAGCUGCAUCGGAAGAAGACAUGACUACCAUGCUUAACUUAGUGGUCAACCAUCAAUGGCCGCGAAUACUGCGCUAUCUGGAGUGGUUGAAGCGUGCGUUUCAACCUAAGAAAUCUCCAGCACAUCAUCGAAGUAAAGAGGCGGCCGCUCUCGUAAAAUCGCGGCUUGAAUCCCAGCCAUUCCUCAAGACCAGAUUAUGGAUUGAUGAUAAUGGCUUUGAGUUCGCAAUACCCACGAAUCUUCGUGCUCAAGGUUAUGGGCUAUCGGAAACCGUCGCAACAGGUGAAAGCUUCCAGAAUGUCGACAGCAGUGUUUCUGAUCUUUUCGAAAAGGUUCAUAAGCUAUGCGCGGAAGAGUCUCGAAGAUCUCAGGAAGAGCUGCUCAAGCAGGUAAUGCAUAUCACAUUUGAUCUCUGGAAAGGGGCGAGAACCCGAUCAGCUAUCAAAGCGUAUUUGCAUCAAUACUUCGGGGACUGCCGGAAACACAAGGCGGAAGCCGAAAAGGCUCUUCUUUUCCUAUGUAAGAUCUACUACGGUGUUCGCAGCUUCAUCGAGGCCGCGGAGAGGCCGCCGGCUUUCAAAUCUAUCCAGUGUGUACCCGUCCAUUACCAGGCGUCAGGUGCCAACCACAAUUUUGACUCCAAACAAACAACGCCACUUACAGUGGCUCGUCGUCUGGGAAUCAAUGUCCAGCAGCCUGGCUGGAUUAAAUAUCUCAUAGGAGAAGGAACCAAAUUCGCGACCCUCUUACAGCAGAAACGCCGCAAACCUCACUUCCACGCCGAAAUCCAAGUGCUACAGAGCCAUGACUUUUUAUCGUCGCCUGAUGAGAGGAAACAUACUCAUCCCUACAUUGGAUGUAGCAGGCGGUGUUGCUUACUCUGUUACUUGUUCAUUCGCUCAUAUGGUGGUUUCGACGUGCGAGGAACGCACCAAACGAUCAUCCACAGAUGGGAAAUACCCGAACACACCAUCGUUGGCAAGGCUGACCCGAUCACAAAGUUCCGGUCAGCAACGGAACGGUUCCUCAACAUCGUGAGAAGUAUUCUUCAGAGACUGUUCAAUAUGACGUACCCUAUCAGUCAAUCCCAGCUGCUUGCCCAGUCUUCAGACGCGCUGUCUUCAGCACGAAGUACAUCGGAGAAAGAAUCAGCACAGUUGGAGAAAUCACAUCGGGAAUUAGAGUAA